CCUGAAGCUCCAGAGUAAUCAAGUAAUGCAAAUCCAGAUGUCGAAUCGGAACGCUGCAUGUUCCAUCAGCAUUUUUCCCGCAGUGCCCGCGGUCGGGCACACAAACGUCAAGGCGAUCGUGGCGGGCGAUUCAAGGAACACGACCGGGAAGUGAUGACGUCGCUCUUACACCAAAGCCUGCGCAAGCCGCACCAGGUGACCGCGAUUUGGGGCAAAUUCCGUCCCUCCCAACGAACGUUAUAUCAAGCGCUUGUACUGCCACAAUGAUUGCAUUUGGCACCUUUUUAAUCACAACAGUUCACGCCGGGAUUCUCAUCGUAAACAGCAGCUCGAGCCGCCCAAGAUGAUUCACCCAGACCAAGUCGCCGAGAUGCUUUACGCAGCAGCCAAGACAACCUCGAAGCCGGGGCCGAUCCCCACGGUAAUCCCGACGCCAACCGAAUACCAAUAUGUGGACGAGACAGGGCGCCGUACCCUCUGGGUGCUCUUCGUGGCGAUGACACUCGUUUCGGCUGCCUUCGCCUUGCUGUCAUGGAGGGUGCCCGUGUCCAAGCGCGUCUACCACGUCACCGCGACCCUCAUUACCAUCGUCUCGGCGCUGGCUUACUUCGCCAUGGCUUCGGGCCAGGCUUCCUCGCUGAGUUGCCACACCGUCCGUGACCGCCACAGCCACGACAUUCCCGACACCCACCACGAAGUGUGCCGCCAGAUCUUUUGGGCUCGCUAUGUCAAUUGGGCCCUCACCACGCCCCUGAUCCUCCUUAACCUGUGCCUGCUCGCCGGCGUCGAUGGCGCGCACACCGUGAUGGCCAUUAUCGCGAAUGUAAUCAUGGUUCUGAGCGGCCUGUUUGCGGCUUAUGGCUCCGAGCACACGGCGCAGAAGUGGGGUUGGUUUGUCAUCGCGUGCUUGGGAUAUGUGUUCGCGGUCUGGCAUGUUGGCCUGCAUGGCACCAACUUGGUCCGUACCCGCGGCGAUCGCCUACAGAAGUUGUGGACGGCGCUGGCCACCUACUCCCUGGCGGUGUUGGCUGCGUACCCAGUUGUCUGGGCUAUUUCAACGCUUGCUCGCAAGACGACUGUCGACACAGAGAUUAUCAUCUUCGCUGUGCUGGACGUCCUUUCCCAGGCCGUCUUUGGCUUCUGGCUCCUCACCAGCCACCGGGCCAUUGCUGAGACCAACGUUGACCUGGGAGGCUACUGGUCUCAGGGCCUGGGUACCGAAGGGAGAAUUCGCAUCGGCGAGGACGAGUAAUCGCCCGAUCUGGCGAGAAACAAGAUGAAGUUUCGUCGCACUGCAAAGCACUUUUAGUGGCCUGUUGAAGGAAGAGGGAAGUUGAUUGGCAUGGGAUACCGCUAAUUGACAGAAUCCGCAAGGUGGAGCAAGAAGUUUGAGUUGGAUAUGAAAUUUCAAUAUGUAUGAUCAAG